UUAUUUAAGCACCUCGAGGCUCGCUGUCUCAUAGACCCGAAAAUACCCAGUUUUAUCCCUGUAGAAUUCUUCGCGCCUAUACUUGAGAAAGUCCUGCUUUCUCCGCGACAUCUGUAUGAUGGUUUUAUUAUGUUUAGGCAGUUAGAGACUACGAUGUCGGAGUAGGCGGCCCGGUGACCGUUGAUGCAUGGAUAGAAAGCCACAUGGAACCAACUUUUGCUCGUGGCUUUCUACUACCAGUAGCUAUCGUUCCCCUUUCACGUCGCUGGAACGGUCGCGUUCUCUAUAGCCCUUCAUUCUUUUAUUCAAAUUUCGGCUACAAUGGCGGCCAUCAGCUUACACGGAUAUUUAUGCCAUGGGACGAAUCUUCGGAGGGAAGCACAUGUUUCGACAUCUGAAAUAUAGGAAUCCUCCGUGAGAGAGCCAGUACCUGCUAAACAUGCGCUUCUUUUUGCUCUCGCUGCUCUCCUUGAGCGUCGUGAAGUUCUUGUACGACUUUGCUGGUCUUGAUGCAUACGACUUCGUGGUCGUCGGAGGCGGUCCUGGUGGAAGCAUGGUGGCCGACAGAUUGAGCGAAGACCUUACGGUCAAUGUGUUAUUGCUCGAGGUUGGGGGUGAAAAUGACCCUGCGACGACCAUUCCACAAGAAGAGCUCAUGGCAGAAAUCAUCUGGGCAUUGGUUUGGGUGAUUCGAGUGCCGUCAACUGCUUGGUAUACAACCCGUGGCUCCGCAGACGACAUCGACAAAUGGGCCGAGCUUUCGGGAGAUCAAGGCUGGUCAUGGGACAGUAUGCUGCCAUACUUCAAGAAGGGUGAGAAAUUCAAUAUCAUUCCUCGCAAUGGGCAUAACACCACUGGCCAAUACCUUCCUGCCUUCCAUGGCACCGACGGCGUGAUUGGUUCGCUCGCAAGGUCGCUACGUGGUACCGAUAACCGCCUAGCCGGGCAACAGAUGAUAUUACAACCCUGGGCGCUUUCGUGGAUGAGUGCUAAUAGGGUAAUAAAUAGGGAAAUGGAAGGUCGACGAUCCAGUGCGAAGGCGCACUUGCUCCGCGCUGAGAAUGAGGGUAGGGAGAACAUAGACGUGCUAUUGCAUGCUCGAGUGUCUCGCGUAGUGCCUACUGUGGACGGCAUGCUGGACUUGAGAUCCGUGGAGGUACUGGAUCCUGCUGAUGCGUCUAAUAUCUUUCUAUCUAGGGUCACUCAAAAUCUCACUGCCAAAAAUGAGAUAAUUCUCUCUACUGGGUCCGUUAUGACUCCGACCAUCCUUCAUUCUGGAAUCGGGGACCCUGAACUGCUCGAACCUCUCAGUAUAACCACCAUCUCGUCGCUUCCAUCUGUAGGAAAGAACCUUACGGACCACAUCGGAAUAGCGGAAUGGACUGAGAACAAGACGGGGCUACUUACAGACACGUCGGAGAACCAUGCCGCUUGGCUUCGUCUCCCAGACAACUCGACUAUGUUUGAUAACUAUUCCGAUCCUUCGUCGGGUCCCUUGACCGCACAUUACGAGUUCCUAUUCCAGGCAUGGCAUGUCCUACAAAAUGGAUUAUCGAGUGUCAGAGCAAGUGGAAGCUACAUCAACGUCCCAACGGCAUGUGUAUCGCCGGCCUCACGAGGAUCAGUCUCCAUCAACUCCUCUGACCCCUUCUCUAAACCUCUAGUCGACCCCGCCCUCCUCACUGCCCCAGUCGAUAUCCUCAUCGUACUGGAACCCAUCAAAGCUGCUCGACGAUUCUUCAGUGGCCCCGCAUGGGAGGGCUACAUCCUCGGGUCGCUCAACAACAACGCGACCACUGACGAAGAGAUUGAGGAGUUUAUCCGCGAAAAUGUGGUACCAUUCUUCCACCCAGUCAGUACGGCGAGCAUGUCGCCAGUGGGUGCAGACUGGGGUGUGGUGGAUCCGGAUUUAAAGGUUAAGGGCGCGAGUGGGCUGAAGGUUGUGGAUGCGAGUGUGAUUCCUAGGUUGCCGGCAGCGCAUACGUCUGCUCCGGUGUAUGCUGUGGCGGAGAGGGCGGCGGAUAUCAUCAAGGCGGCCAUAUGGGUUGCAGGUUGAAGCCCCGUGAAAAGGUUGUUGCAGCACAAUAGUGUUUCUUGAAAUUUGUCAGGCUGGAUGCUACGUCGACAUACCAAGGAUUAUGAUAGCUGAGCUAUAUGAUCGUCGAUAGUAUUUGGUGGAACUUUUGUCUGAGCAGCCAUUCGAUGGCUGAGAUGUUUCUUGUUGUGGCGCAUGUGCUGGUGAUUGGCGCUAAUGCUUGUCCUGAUUCCGAUCAGGUCUCGUUGGCACUGGCAGUGAAACCUACAAACCACGCCACGGUUCGCCCGGUGGGGACAACUGAAAACCUGAGAGCACUUCUGAAGUGUACUCCCUGCUGUAGGCUUCGGCAUCGUUACCGUCUUAGUUGCUGCAAUCAAGCUCUUUAAUGCUUGACUCCUCACCGCUGCUGGUGAGUAGUCACGGAUGUUAACA